AUGGAGGACGGCAAUGUAGAUCACAUUCCGACCCUCUCCAUCAUCCCCUACGACAACAACCGGGAGAUCGUGCUUCGCCACGCAGACACCAUUGUCUACCGCGACCCGAGAACGAACCAACUUGUCCCAUUCCAUAGAAACCAAGAUGUAGAGCGACGCUCCUCGGACUGUCCAACCUGUGGCCGACCCUGGCACAGACCACCAGGAUCGUCGAGCACCCAAGAACCCGGUCCAAGUACAAUGGAAGAUCAACCCAGCUUUAUCACGGAGGGCUACUUUGAGAUGCUUGCUCGAAGCCUUCCUGGCUCCAACGAACCAUCUGCACCGCCCUCUCCGAGACGUCGAAUCGUCCAACCAGUCCGCUCUCGACUUCACCCUUCGUCAGCCGCCGUGUCUCCGCCUCCAAAUUCAGAGUUCAUCGCCAGUGCGCCAAUCCCUGCCAGUCAGUCCCAUGGAAUCUCCGAGACAGCUUUUUCGCCCAACUACUUCGAGAAGUUCUUCAUCGAAGAAAGAGAGCUCGGGAGAGGCGGGCGAGGGGUCGUGCUCUUGGUCAAACACGUCCUCGACGGCGUUACCCUCGGCCAUUUUGCGUGCAAACGCGUACCCAUUGGAGAUGACCACGCGUGGUUAGAGAAGGUCCUUGUCGAGGUCCAGCUUUUGCAGACUUUGUCACACCAAAAUCUCGUCUCUUACCGCCACGUAUGGUUGGAAGAUUUCCAAACCAGCACCUUUGGCCCAAGUGUGCCUUGUGCGUUCAUUCUACAGCAAUACUGUAACGGCGGAGACAUGCAAAACUACGUCCUGGGCUCCGCGCAAGCAUCCACGACGACGCAAGAACUAAAGGAACGAAUUCGUCGCAAGUCGAGGGGAGAAUCCGAGCUUCCGCGGCGGGCGAAUGAACCCAAAAAGUUGCCAUUUGACGAAAUUUACAACUUUUUCAAAGACAUUACCUCGGGAUUGAGACAUCUCCAUCACAACGGCUUCAUCCAUCGGGACCUGAAACCGAGCAACUGCCUCCUGCAUACCGUCGGUGGCGAGACCAGAGUCCUGGUCAGCGACUUUGGCGAAGUUCAAUACGAGUAUGCAACGCGAAAAUCCACUGGUGCUACUGGGACGAUAUCCUACUGUGCGCCCGAAGUGCUUCGACGCAUCUCUCCAGGUGGGCCUUUUGAGAACUUUACUUCCAAGUCGGACAUCUUCUCAUUAGGCAUGAUUUUACACUUCCUCUGCUUUGCAAAUCUCCCCUACAACUCGGCAAAUGUCCUUCAUGAAGAGCGCGAAGACAUUGAAGAAUUGAGAGCAGAAAUUACCAACUGGGGAGGAUUUGACGAUCAGCGCAAAUUGCGUCCCGAGUUGCCGCGUGCGCUUUACUCGUUUCUCAAACGACUUCUGUCCCUGAGCCCGGAUGAGCGGCCCAGCGCAGACGAUGUUCUCCAGGUCGUCUCGUCAGGUAGACUCGACGACAUCCCCGUAGUGCGGAGGCGGAGCUCGAUGGAGCCGGAGGAGCUGACGCCGGCCCGCCGGAUCCAGAAGCUGGAUACACCGCAGAAGGGAAACUCGCCACAAGGCAGACACGGCCAUGACAUGAGUCCCAGACCGAAGCGAUCCUUUUUCCGGUCGGCGAGAUCUGUAUCUCAGGAGCCGAAUGGAUCCGAAGCAAUACUCAGCGACCACGGGUACACGAGCGGUAGCGAAGCAGACCGCGAACAACGCGCACAUAAAGCCUCCACGUCGACGCGACGCGAGUCGACGAACCUGAGGCUCAACAGCACCAUGAUCCUGCGGGCCAAACGUGCCUCAUCGUCUCUUCCUUCGUCCCCAUUACAAAAGUCUCCCGCCCACUCGCCGACCCGGCAACAGCUCCUUCUUGAACCUGCACAAGAGGUUGACCGGCCACCUCUGUCUCUAUUUCUCGAUCGGGUCUACAACUUCCUCAACGUGCCCAUCACCUCUCCUUCGACCCGUGUCGUCGUACUCGGUGUAAAACUAUUCAGCACUCUUCAGCCUUGCCUGUCGCAAGGCAUGAAUGCGAUAGUGGUCUAUCCCAUCAUCGCAACGGCAUUACUAGAGUUCUCAUUGACGCGUUUGCGGCUAUGGAAAGCUUUGGUAGCUAUGCUGGCGCAUUUCAUUGUGCUUUCUUUAGCGUGGAGAACGGACAAGUUAUGUCAGAACCCCAAUGGUGGGUGGAUGCAAUGGGACGGACAUGAUGGUGAAUGA